AUGCUUCAAGAGAUCGGUGCAUGGCCUGUUUGGCAGCAAGCGCUUACAUUUUUAGUUGGAGGCUUGGCUCUUAUUGUAGGGAUCAAUGUGCUAGUGCAAGUGCUUGUACCUCGAAACAAGUCGCUGCCGCCCAUGGUGUUUCACUGGGUCCCUGUGGUCGGCUCGGCCAUCACAUACGGCAUGGACCCGUAUCGCUUCUUUUUCAACUGCCGCGAGAAAUAUGGCGAUGUUUUCACGUUCAAGCUGUUCGGUCGGAAUGUGACGGUUGCGCUGGGGCCCAAGGGAUCAAACCUCGUGUUUAACGGACGCUUAACGCAGGUAUCAGCAGAGGAAGCUUACACGUCCCUCACGACGCCUGUAUUUGGUAAGGGGGUCGUGUACGAUGUACCAAAUGCGGUUUUGAUGGAGCAGAAGCGCUUCGUCAAGUCAGGCCUGUCGAUGGAGAAUUUCCGCAUGUAUGUCACGCAGAUCGAGAGCGAGGUCAAGGACUUCAUCAACAACGAUGCCGCUUUCCUGCCUCUCCAAAAGGGUGCUACAUCCGUCACAGUGGACAUAUUCAAUGUGUUUAGCGAGAUUACAAUUCUUACUGCAAGCCGUACCCUUCAGGGCAAGGAAGUACGUGAGAGUCUUGACAAGACCUUUGCGAAACUGUAUCACGACCUUGACUCCGGCUUCACCCCUAUUAACUUCGUGAUUCCGAACCUGCCAUUGCCGAACAACUUCCGUCGAGACCGUGCUCAGCGUUUGAUGAGCGACUUCUACCUAGGCAUCAUCAAGAAGCGCCGUGAAGGCAACACGGAAGGCACUGAGCAUGACAUGAUCAGUGCUUUGAUGGAACAAUCCUAUAAGAAUGGACGCAACAUCAAUGACCGCGAGAUCGCGCAUAUGAUGAUUGCGUUGCUUAUGGCUGGUCAACACACGUCAAGCGCGACAGGUAGCUGGGCCAUGCUGCGCCUAGCGAGUCGCCCAGAGAUUAUCGAGGAACUCUAUGAGGAGCAGAAGCGCGUGUACAGUGAUGGUACGGGUGGGUUUGCUCCUCUUGACUACGAUAUCCAAAAAUCGAGUGUACCUGUGCUAGAUGCUGUGAUCCGUGAGACGCUGCGUCUGCACCCGCCGAUUCACAGCAUCAUGCGCAAAGUCAAGUCCGAUAUGGUCGUUCCGCCAACUUUGGCAGCGCCGAUCUCAAGCAAGGGAUCGCGUGAUGAGACGUAUGUGAUCCCUAAGGGUCACUAUGUGAUUGCAGCGCCCGGUGUGUCGCAGGUGGAUCCGAAGAUCUGGGAGGAUGCUAGUCGCUUUGAUCCUCACCGUUGGUUGGGUGACAAAGCCAAUGUGAUGAAUCAAACUGAUGAUGCACAGGAAGACUUUGGCUGGGGUAUGGUCAGCACAGGUGCGAAUAGUCCGUACUUGCCAUUCGGCGCUGGCCGCCACCGUUGCAUUGGUGAGCAGUUUGCGUAUCUUCAGCUUGGUACGAUCAUCUCAACAUUUGUUCGCGCGUUUGACUGGCGCUUGGAGACCAAGCUGCCGGCUCCCGACUACACGUCUAUGGUUGUACUGCCCACGCAGCCGGCCAAUUUGGUUUUCACACCGCGAAAGAACAAGGCUUGA